AUGGUCACCGGCACAUCGACGGUGUUGGAGCCGACCUUCACCGGGUAUGUCGCGACAACGAUGGACGCUCUAAUCUUGUUCGAGGCGUGUUUGAGCGGAAUCCUGCAUCACGUCCCCCGUCGGCCGCACGAUCGGGAGCGUAGCCAUCUGGUUCGCAGCGGGAGCGUAUUCAUCUACGAGGAGAAUUCGUCAGGGAUCAAGCGAUGGACAGACGGCGUAACAUGGAGCCCCAGUCGCAUUCUGGGCAAUUUCCUGGUCUAUCGCGAGUUGGAAAAGCCGUUCCCUCCUGGAGAGAAGAAGCGGGCGAUGAAGAAAACGACCCGACGUACACCAGGCCCUCCGGGAAGACCUGGGGAACCGUAUCCGCGACAGGAUUCAACCAACGGUUAUUCUCCAUCGCCCACUGAACCGUACGGCGAGAGAGCGCACCAGGCGGAUGUCCAGAGAGCCCUGGUCGGCUCGCUAGUCGAUUCGUACGGCUUCAAAGAAUCCGGCUUGGUCAAGAAAACGAUGAGUGUGACGGUGGCUGGCGUGACGCAUCACCUUGUCUCCUACUACAGCGUCGACGACGUAACUCGAGGAGCCCUCGCGCCGCCAACACGUUAUGAAGGGUUCAGACAAAUUCGGCCACGGGGUGAACUCGUGAACAAGCAAAACUUCCGAGCUCCAAUAGACGAGCUUGACCCGCCUGGGCCUAUUGAUAAUCCUAACGAUCCCGCCAGUUAUUCUUAUCGCACGCAGAUGUUGGCAACUGCGUCAUAUCCGCUCCAGGGCGCACAGGGCGGAUACUUCAUGCCAGAGACAUAUAUCCCAGCGACACAUCCUGCGCCUGCACUGUCGGGAUACCCGGUUCAGAACCCGCACUCCUAUCUUCCCACGCCUACGGCGGCGCCAGCCCAGAUCCCGCAUGUGCCAAAACAGGAGGAGUAUUCCCAGUACAGACAACACUCGUACGGGACGGCUUUCGAUACCAUGAGUCAGGGAUCUCUGUCUUCAGCGAUUCAACCCAGCAUUCCCGGGUCUCUUACGAGCUCCAUCAGUGAGCGUGCGCGAUCUCAGUCUGACCAGAGUCAGGCCGCCUACCGCAAUUCGUCCAUCUCCUCGCGAAGUAUGACAACGGAUACCACCUCGCCAAUCGAUCCGUCAACCCCAGCGACAUUUUCGCAGCGGAGCAGCUUCAGUUUGGCGGGUCACCUGGAUUCAUCGUCACACUCGCCUUUGGACCACCGCAACAUGAGCUUCGAUGCCACCGUCCCCCGGCGGGAGUCGAAUCCGGUUGCGACAAAUUACUAUACGCGAAGCGAACAACAGCCGCAUCACCCAUAUUAUAUCAACUCUACGGCAGUCACGCAUUCCGGUUACCCCGUCUCAACAGCAUGGUCUACUGCUCCGGCUCAGCCGUAG